AUGCGUUCUUUCGUCGCUGCUCUUCUCAUUGCUGGCGCCGCCGCUCAGUCGACUAGUGACUACGCAGCUUGCGCGGAAGCCAUCCUCGACAACACGGACCCGUCUCAGUUCUCGGACUGUUCUGACCUGACUAGCGCUGAGUGCUUCUGCGCCAACAAGGACGUCAUCGACGCCAUUGGCAAUGACAUUGCGGAGACCUGCUCCGGCUCUGGAAUCACUUUCGACGACCUCUCGGGAUCCCUGUGCAAGAGCGACAACGCGGAAACUGGUGACCGCCACGCCAGCAAGCCCAUGGAACCCGUCAACCACAAGCGGGCCUUCGCGCCCGAAGCCUCCGCCGAGGUGCGCGUGGUGACCGUGACUGAGACGCAGUGCUCAUGCGCGAGCACCCAGAGGGCAAUGAUGCCGGGCGUCUCGCAGAUCCCCAUUGACAUCCCCGCGAGCAGCAGCCGGGCGAACCCGUCUUCGUCCAUGGGCUUGAUGUCCUCGUCUUCUGGGCUCUUUGGGUCUCACUCUGCUACUCCCACUCCCAGCGGCGCGAGUGCUAGCCGCUUCAAUGCCUUCCAGGGCGCUGCCCCUGCUGGCUCGGCUGUGCAUGGUGGCGUUGCCGCUCUGGGUGUGGCCGCUGUUAUGGCUCUCAUGGUUGCUCUGUAA